AGGCACAGUCGUUCUACGAACUCAGCCAGUGACACACAUUCCAGUACUAUAGCCAUGGAUACGACACCUGUCUUCCAGUCCAGCUUCUCCAUCCGAUCGCUGCUCUCCGUGGGCAAGAAGGAGGGAUCCCCCACUGCUAAGCAUAACUCCGCAAGCAGCUGCAGCUCCAGCUCGGAUUCGCUAGCCGCUAAGAGCAAUGCGAAGCCGGCUUUCACCUACAGCGCCCUCAUAGUGAUGGCCAUCUGGAGCAGUUCCGAGAAGCGGCUGACGCUGAGCGGGAUCUGCAAGUGGAUCGCGGACAACUUCCCGUACUAUCGGACCCGCAAGAGUGUCUGGCAGAACUCGAUCCGCCACAACCUGAGCCUCAAUCCGUUCUUCGUCCGGGUGCCGCGGGGCCUCGAUGAUCCUGGACGUGGCCACUACUGGGCACUGGAUCCCUAUGCCGAGGAUCUGUCCAUCGGCGAGACAACGGGCCGCCUGCGCCGCAACAAUUGGCCGCAGAAUCCGGUGGCGAGGCCCAAGGUCGCAGGCCAUCCCUACCAGCGCAUGCCCUAUUAUGCCACCGGGAACGGCCAAUAUAUCAAGGCUCACGGCGCCUACUUCCCCACAGUGGAGCACCAACACCAUGCCGCCAUGAUGCAGCACUACCAGGCCAUGAUGCACAGAUACCCGAUGAUGCCCCAUCCGCAGCAUCACUAUCACCAGCAUCAGCAUCAGCAUCAGCAUCCUCAACUCAUCCAACAAUCGAAGCCCCUUCCUCUCCAGGAGCCAUACCAUCACCACCGCUAUCACCUCCACCAAGAGUGAAUUUCAGCGUUGAAAACUCACUUGACUACGAACUGUGAAAAUUCCUUCUUGGCGUAGAACGCGGCAAAUGUUGUUAGCUUUAAAUCAUUUAGGGUCAUAUCCAUAGUAACUAUGCCCAGGCUUUAAAAUAAAUCGUACAAACGUUACAAGCAUUC